AUGAUGGACAUGACAUCCGAUAACUCGGUGGUGUCAGAUGAUUUACCACAACGGAGACUCGAAGCUGGCAGAAGAUCCCCCAGUGUAGAUGGCUAUCGCUCGCAAGAGCAAAAUUGGGCUGACCCAGUACCAGCAGCUGACAAUGACGAGUCUGGAGAUCUGUCGACAAACGCAGUGAGUAGUCCUGAACAAACCCGCGCCACCCCACCGCAAGGAUCCGUGCGUGCUUUGAUCAAACGAAUGACGAAUUUGUUCCAGUCAGAAGAUGAAUUAGAUCCGACAAAACGCAAGGCACAUUACCGACGAGGUUCUAUUCUGAUCAAGCAUUUAGAGGAGAAACAGGCAUCAGGCAGAGCAACGGAGACCGAUAUGAAGUUCUUCGAGGUAGUCAAGAAGAGGUUCGAUGCCAACUUCAUGGAGUCUCGAACAAUUAUCUCGCUCUCUGUUUUUCAAACGGGUUCGAAUCCCAUGGACGACCCUUUCGCAGUCAUUCACAUGCCCGUGGAGAUCCAGAAAGGUUUUCGUCGCAAACUCUUCUCGAUCUUCACACUGCAGCUACUUGCAGUUAUCAUUCUGAUUGCAUUUUUCUCGUACGUCCCAGCAAUCGCAGACGCUUUCGAAAAUACCUUCUCCAAUUGGCACUACGUCUUUGUCAUGUUUGUGCUCAUGGUAUUGGCGCUUCUGUGGCUGUACCUGGUCAAAUACCGCUUCCCGCUUAACUUCACGGUUCUCGGAGUGUACACGGUCACGCAGAGUCUGUUCUUCACCGCGUUCGACUGUUUCUUCCAGACGAAAGCCAGCAUCUUUAUCUUUACCUUCCUCUUCGGUAUCAUGGGAAUCACUACGUUACUCUGUACAACGAUCAUCAGACGCUCGUUCGAUCCGAAUGUCCAGUCGACGUUGAUCAGCUACCCCGUUGUGCUUCUAAUCUCCUUCUUCUUAGGCUUCGUGACCUCACUUUUCAUUUACUUUUUCUACAUGAUGGAUGUGGUUUCGCCGCUACAAUACAGCGCGUCUCUCGCGGUGAUGCUGCUGCUUAUCAUGUGGUUCGCCUACGAUGCGUCCUGUAUGAACGAAAGACUCUCCCCGGACGAAUACAUGCAAGGCAUGGUGUUUUUCUACACCGAUAUGGUGCUCUUCUUGCUAUUUUUGAGCAUCAUUUUCGUAGCCUGCUUCGCUUGCGAAGGUGACUGCGCAUGUUACGGUACUGCGGACAUUGUCCCAAUCGGACGAGGUGGUGGUGGCGAUGAUGAUGACGAAAUACACGACGACGAAGUUGAGAACGGUGGUGAGGUCAUGGAAACAGCAGAGCCGCAUACUACGUAG